AUGAAUCAUUUAAUUAGAUCAAUUUCAAAUGUUUCAUUAAGAAACACAACCAAUAAAUUAUAUAUAGCACCAAGAGUUUUUGGUAAUAAUAACAGAGGAUUUGUUACAAUUAGUAAUAACAAGUUAUUUGAAGACAAAAACAAUACAUUAAAUAUUAGAAAUAACUCAACUUCAAAUAUUUUUUCACAAGCUAUUAAAACUACUCAAGAAAUUGAACAAAAAAAACUUUUAGAAGAAAAAGAGGACAAAAAAGAAAAAACCAUUAAAAUCGAUAUUAAUAAUAAUGAAAAUACAGUCACAAUCACAUUAAAGAAAUUAACAUACAGUCAAUGGAAAUUACAAGCAUUAUUCAAAGCAAUUAGAGGUCUCAGUUAUAAAGAGGCUAUUGCCCAAUUAUCAUUCUGUACUAAAAAGCCAUCAAAAAUUAUUAGAGGUUUAAUUCAACAAGCAGCUCACAUUGCAGAAACUAAAAAGAAUAUGGAUCCAGAUCGUUUAAUUGUAAAUCAAAUUUGGUUAGGUCAUGCAUUUUAUGUUAAAUCAUAUCUCUUCCAAGGUAGAGGUCAUGCUGGUGUUGUUCGUAAACCACGUUGUCAUGUUACUGUUCAAGUCAAAGAAGUACCAUUCGUCGAAGGUGAAAAGAAAUUGGGUAAAUUUGGUAAAAAACAUAUAACUUAUGAAAAAUAUAAUGGUACAUUUCAAAAAUAA